GCAGCCGCGCAGGCUACACGACCCAGGCACAACGAUCGCGUUCACACAGCAACAACAUCCUCCCGGUGCCGGUGUGAUGAUCAUGGCGUCAUUCAACGGUGGCAGUGCGGCGGGCGGCGGCGGUGGCGGUGGCGGCGGCCAGGAUGGACCGCACAACAAGCGGCUCUGUACCGGCCAGGAGAUGAGCGAGGUGCCGCUCAAUAGUCGGAACAAUAACAACAACAUCAACGUCACAGACGAACCGCGCCGGAAGCGUGACGUUGCGACACGCCCCAACCAUAUCCUGCUGUUCACGAUCCUGAACCCGAUCUAUCCGAUCACAGUGGACGUACUGCACACGAUCUGUCAACCAAAUGGCCAAGUGCAACGCAUCGUGAUAUUCAAGAAGAAUGGCGUCCAAGCAAUGGUCGAGUUCGACAGCAUAGAGUCAGCGACUCGUGCCAAAGACAGCCUGAACGGUUGCGACAUCUACUCCGGCUGCUGCACACUGAAGAUCGACUACGCAAAGCCAGAAAAACUCAAUGUUUACAAAAACGACAGUGACUCCAGUUGGGACUACACGCUGGUAGCUGCCGCCACAGUCAAGGAGGUCGGUAAUGGACGCUCGCCCCUGCUCCAGGAUCCAACGCUCUUCGGUGGACGACCGCAGCCGUACAGUAAGUACCUUUCACCAUCACAUACACCCUACAACGAGUACUCUCAACCUACUCAAGGGACCCGCUCAAAACCUGCUCUGCUAGGUGCCGGCGGAGGUAACGGUUUUCCGCCCAACUUUUCACCACCGGACUUCCAUCCGUCGGAGAACUGGAAACCGGCCGCAGCCGGUACACACGUCGGUCUGAUGAAGGAUCCACCGUUGCCGCGCAAUGGACCGACCAACUUUAUCCAACCAACACAGCAACAGGGCGCAGUGAUGAUGGUUUACGGACUCGACAAUGGAACCGCCAACACCGAUAAGCUUUUCAAUCUGUUCUGCCUCUACGGCAAUGUAGUGCGGAUAAAGUUCCUGAAGACCAAGGAGGGUACCGCCAUGGUCCAGAUGGGUGACGCCAUUGCAGUCGAACGUUGCGUCCAGCACCUGAACAACAUUCCAAUCGGAAAUGAUGGCAAAAUUCAAAUCGCAUUCUCCAAGCAAAACUUUUUGUCCGAGGUCACAAACCCGUACACGCUGCCGGAUCAUACGCCCAGCUUCAAGGAAUACACCGGCUCGAAGAACAAUCGCUUCUUGUCGCUGACGCAGGCAAGCAAGAACCGCAUCCAACCGCCAAGCAAGAUUCUCCAUUUCUUCAACACACCACCAGGGCUAACCGACGAUCAGCUGAUUGCUGCGUUCAGCAGCAACGAUUGUCACCCGUCGCAAGUACGCAUGUUCCCGCUGAAAUCGGAACGCUCCUCGUCCGGGCUGGUGGAAUUCCCGAGCGUCGCCCUAGCCGUCCAGGCGAUCAUGAAGUGCAACCACACCGCCAUCGAUCACAAAGGCACAAAGUUCCCGUUCAUCAUGAAGCUAUGCUUUUCGUCGUCCAAAACGAUGAACGGUGCGUGGAAUAACGAGAACAUCGAAAACAUGAAGCAAGGUUCCGCCAUCCCGACGACGCCCGGCGCCGAGGAUGAGCCGAUGCAGGCACGAUAAA